AUGGCAGCUCCCCCACGAUACGAGAUUGAACACGUUGUCACUAGCAUACGGGAAGAUGACAAUGAUGAUGUUCGCUUCACAGUUCGGUGCAAUGGCAAGGUCUUCUAUAUCAGGCUUUCACCGUCCAACUUCAUCAAUUCUCCCAGUAUGACGAACAAGUACAUGUCUUACCUGGAGGUUUUGAAAUCAGGCCAGGAGAUAUUAGGUGAAAUAUAUGAUACCGACGUCUGGGAUUGGGUGAUGGCUCCAUUCGAGCCCUUCUUCACCAACCUCGCGCCCGAUCCGUCAGUUGAAACCAUUACAGUCACCUUGAAAGAAUAUCUCUAUCCCGAUUUCUUCGUCUUCAUACUUGAUAUAAUCGAUGACAAGUUACAGCCACGCCUUGUACCAACCGACGAGUCGCCCUAUUGGCCAUCCUUUGUUCGCUUCGAUGACGACUUUCUCGAUGACCUAGAGACCUGGACAACUUUGUACGAUCCAGCCGGCAUCAUCAUCAGCCAUAAAGUCCCCAAAGAUGCGCUCUUCAAGGCACCAAAGAAAGUUUUGAUUGACAAGGGUCAUACCGAGUGCUUCUUCAAACGUUGUUAUGGCAGUGUGCAAAUCACCCAGGAGCUUAAAACAUAUCAAAAGAUUCACGAGGCCGGUCUGGACUCUCAAGUGAACGUCUGUCGCCUAUACGGCAUUGUGAUGGAUGACUGUGACUUCAUUCUUGGACUGUUAUUAACCUACGUCGAUUGCAGUGACCGACCAUUAUCCGCAAGAGUCCAUCCUGAAGAACCCGAUGACCCUAUGCCUGCAGUUAGGGAACGGUGGAUGGGGCAGCUCGAGACUGCCUUAUCAGCACUGCACGAGAACCAUAUAAUUUGGGGAGACGUGAAAGCAGAAAACGUUCUGAUUGAUCAGAACGAAGAUGCCUGGUUGGUUGACUUUGGCGGCGGUUACACUGAAGGUUGGGUCGACAAGGAGGUAGCAGGGACGGUGAUGGGAGACUUUACUGGGAUGGCUAAGUUGAGGGCGCUUUUGUUUCCUACCAAAUAG